GAGACUCACAUACGUGUUGACUGUGCUGUGGACUGGAUGGAAGGAAUGUGAUCCCAAGCAAAUGAGUUGAAAAAAAACCCUGUUUUCUACUUUUAUUUUUAGACCUGUAUACCUCGUACUCUACCCAGUGAGUUCAAUCGUUGUUGUAGGAUAACUAACUAGUCGGCCAACCAGUCCGUGUGAUCAUGAUUGACGUCAGUGCUAAUUUAGUGAGAGGUGUCACUUUCCUGGCUGGGGAAGUGUUAGAGUGCAAUGUCACAUUCUCUUGUCCGGCAAACAGCUCUAAUAGCACCAGCCCUGGUGGUGUCCAAUCCCUCGCUUGGGCAAGCGCCCAGCUUCAUUGUCAAUGUCACAUCAGUGCGUCAAAGGUCAUGUUGCCUAAAAUACCAAUCAGCGAAAAGUCGGAGGAACUGGAGUUACUGCAGAGUUCUGGCAACACAAGCUUUGCACCCAGUAGGGGAGAGAAGGGGAACUGCAUCCUGUCAACAGAGCCCAAGAUACUCUUCUGCGAUCUGAACCUUAAACCUGGAGAAAGAAAAACAUUCCUUUACCAUGAGACAAUCCCGAAUGAUGCACCCCCAUCCUACAGAGGGCAGGCUGUGAAGUACUCCUACAAGGUCACCAUCGGCACGCAGCGAGUUAACUGCCCCAUCAGGCUUCUCAGAGUACCAUUCAGAGUUCUCUUCCUGUACGGUUUGGGUGACACCAGUUUGCCCGAGCAGGAAGACACGACAGCAUCCAGUAAUCCGUUCCUGGCCGAGGAGAGAACUCAGAACACCUUUCUUGAUCUUGCCACCCAGGUUCUCAACACAGUCACCUCAAGGAAAAACCCAAAUUCCUACAACAUUAAGAACGCUGAUGGUACUGUGGCCAGAUUUUGUCUCUUCAAGCCGGCAUACAAACUGGGAGAAGACAUCAUUGGAACCAUCGAGUUCCCUCCGAGCUGCACGGUACCCUGUGUACAGUAUUCGGUGGUUCUUCAGUGUGAGGAGCACAUAGCGGAGGAAUGUAGGCGCAAACCCCACCAGGGCGUGUCAAUGUCAUCCCACGGUCGGCACCAGGAAUUCUGCCUCCACAUGAGCAAGUCGCACAUGGUCUUGCCAAUUCCACUGCACGUCACCCCUGGCUUUAUUACGGACAUCGUUUGCCUGAAAUGGAGGCUUCACUUCGAGUUCAUCACCGCCAAGGAUCCAUCACCAGAACAUGUGAUCCCAGCAGACCAAUCAGAGAUUGCCAUGUGGCAGGGUCCCAACUCCCUGAGCGUGGAUACGCUGGUCUGGAAUCUGCCCAUUAAGAUCCUGCCAACGAACCCCAUGAAUGCGUCAACGAGAACCGCGCUGGCGACAAGAACGCCCACAUCUCUAACUGUGUGAGGGGCCUCUCUUUCUCCCUCUAUGGAUGUUUUGAGUAGCUUCUGGAUGAAGGGAGUGUCUAGAAAAUAGGAAUUAUCUAGUUGGAUUGAAUAAGUAUUCCAACGAGUGCUCAUGGACAUGGCACAAUGUCAUGGCUCUGCUUACUGACGAAUUUCUGUGCUAGCUGUGUAAGUGAGGAAUGUCCAGUAACGUGCAGUAUGCAUGUGUGCACAAGCCAAAAGUAAUCACAGAAUUCCCUGCUUUUGCAAGCGCCGAUUCUAAGAUUUCCUUUAAUAAAAAAGUAAUUAGUUUGCUUUCUAUUUAGACCAACACAUCUAGCUCUAUUACAUUAGUAAGACAAAGAAAACCUAGACAUUGCAUGAGGAUUAUUGUGUACAGUUAUUUUACCCAGAUAUCAUGACCAAAAUCCCAGUGAAAGAAACAAACAAUUUCUGUCCAUUUAAUUAUUGUAAGUUUCUUUUUCAAAACAAUGUUUUAUUUUACAAUACAUGUACAUGUACUCAUAUUUUUUAAAGAUUUAACAUAAACACUUUGCUUAGGUAUUAAUUAAAUUAUUUGUACAAUAAAACGGUAUAUUAAUUAGCAAAACAAUACAUUUCCUGUGACUCGCUUUUGUCAGUCUAUAUGUAUAAAUACUAGGGACUGUGCGUUGUUCGAUGACUAUUUUACUGGGUUUUUAAUUGAAAACAAAAGAGAAAGUUUUUUAACCAGUUGAAACAGUAUUGAGGGAUCCUUUCCUUGGGCGAGAAAAGCAAGCGUAAUUACAAAAUCGACAACAUUUUUGCAACAAUGCUGUUACAGAGAAAAUCCAACUGAUAACCACAGCUUAAAAAAAGCUCAAUAACAAUGCAAAAAAAUCAAACGCAUGCAGCAAGCAAUUGCACUGUGUAUGAUUGAGAUACUACUGGUCAAAUGAAGGUGUUCCUCAAGGUUUCUCAUCUCACUAUUAACACUAAGGGGAUUAAUUCAACCAUGGUGCAAGGAACACACCAACUCGGUCAGUACCCAUUUCAUACACCUCGAUUAAGAGAAGCAAUUUACGGUCAAGUAAGUAUCUUGACUGCACUUCAAAGCCACCCUCCAAAAACGGGCAUAACUUGACUCUGUUAGACAGCUCAGCCCCUGAUACGCCAAUAGAAUGGCAACAACAUGAGAGUUGUUGAGCAACACUCGGAUAUUCUCAAACUUAGCAUAGUGCAGUGCACAAAUGGUUAGUGUGAAAGAUUGGCAUGGUGUGAAAAAUUAAUCCGACUUAAGUGCACAAUGAUUCAGUCACUAUAGACGAUGUGACCUGUGACAUCACAUGUUUACAAAAGAGCCACUGAGCCUGGACUUCCUGCAGGCAUGAU